AUGCCAACAGCAGCCCGUAUAUUAUCAUUCAUCAGUCGCUCACGUCCUUCUAGCCUUCAUCAGACGCCUACAAAUAUGCUCUUCGGAAUUCAUGGAGGGCCAGCAGUCACAAGUGUUUCAGACAAUCCAGGCAAUGGUCUAGUAUCAGUCACGCAGCCCUGGAAUUUGAGCAAUAUACAGGCGGGUCAUGGUUUCCCAGUCUCACAAACUGCUUACGAGCCGACAAAUUUUGAAGACCAGUAUCAGGGUCUCAUUGAUCCCAAGAUGGUUGGCGAUAUCAGUGAAGCUCAGCAGGUCUCGGACACUGCUGACACCGUCAAUAACAUGAACAACGACUGCAGUGCCGCCGGCUUUGUGUGA